AAGUGAGCAACGCGCGAAGAAUGUUUCAAAAUUUCAGCGCGCUUGAUAAGUCUUCUUUCAAAGUGUCAAUCAUCUUCAUAUUUACACCAAUCAAAGCUUUGCAAAUCUCCUAAAUGUCAAUCAUCACGAUUUUCCACCAAUCAGAGCAGAGACGUCUGCGCGCGGUUUCACGUCACUUUCCUGCGUCACCUAAUUCAUUUGUGAUGUCAUAAUUCUUAAAAGACAAACUUGUUAGAGAAACUCUUGAGGUUUUGUCUAGAGCAAGUCUGCAGUUAACAAGUCUGAGUAUAUCAAAAUGCGAAGACGCACAUUUGCGUUAGUCUAGUUUGGAGAUGUCGUUUGCAAGAAGUGUCCGAUUCCCGGGUUCGGGUAGUCCCCCAAAUCCUUCCCGGCAAAUCGCACGAUCGUCUGCAAAACGCGCAGAUUCCAUGGAACUUCACAAAGCCAAGAGUACCACACAUUCUUUGAAGCCUGAUGACCAGGAGAAAGCUUCAAAGACUACGGAUAGAUUAAGCAAAACCAACAACGCUAGGAGCCUAGUUGAAUUGUCUAAGAGAAAAGAUAAACCAGCCAGAAAAGAUUCCCACAAGUCAAAUGCUGCUGCCAAAUCAAAGAAAGCUAAAUCAAGCUCAAACUCAAAAUCAAACAAAGAGAAAUUUGACAGGAAUAUUAGAGCCCUUCUCGGCGAUGGCAGCAGUGAUGAUGAGCAAAAUAGCAUCACUUCUGAGGCCUCGAUGUCAAAUGACAAGCCAAGCGAUCUUGGACCAUCAGAAGAAAAGCCUGAGGGAAAUGAUACUUCAUCGGCCCAAACGAUGCCCAGAGACAAGUUCAACUCAGAAAUCGAGGAACUUAUUGGAGAUUGUGAUGACCACUGUACAACAAGUACAGAUGUAUCAAUCUCAGAGGACGUCCUCAGCUUACAAGAAGAAGAUGAUAUCCGAGAGCCCGGGGAGAUCAGUGAACAAGGAGCAGUUGAUUUAACAGCAACAUGCUCUGGUACCUUCAACACAUCUUUGAGCAGCCUGAAGAAGGAAAAUAUUCUUUUUGAGGUUGACGAUGUUUCAGAUUUCACAAAUUCGGAUGUUGAAGAAUUCUUGGAAGAGGAGGAAGCUGAAAAAACUCCUGAUGUUACCCAAGGUGCCUCUAAAGGCGAGAUUAGAGACGGUGAUGAAGUCCAGACCGAGUCAGACCUUUGUGAGCAGCCAGCAAUUGGCAAAAGGAGCUCAUUCCCAUCCUUAUUGACAACUGGAGCCACUGAUACGCUGUUCAAAUCAAGGGCAACUGGCAAUGCAGGCAAGUCAGCCAUGGACUACUUAUCGCGAGAGCUACUAGAUGUCCCGGAUAUAGACGGAGACAUGGUCAUGUCCUUUGAGUACGAGGAUGAAGAUUUCGAAGAAAAUUACGAUGAAGAAGAGAAUGGCGACGAGAGAAACCUUAAAGACGUUCACCUUGUGGAGACUGACUUGACUUCAAUUGAGGAGGAAGAUCUUGUGAGCUAUGAUGAGGAUGGCAAUGUCAAGGUUUACCCAGUGCCCAAAAUUAUCGGACAAGAGAAUGAACAGACGGAUUCCAUCUUGAAGUCGCCAAGACAAGAGUUAAAAGGGAGUGGAAUAGGCAAGGAGGUCACUUUCGCAACCAAAGACGACAUAAAGCUUAUUCCAAAAGAGUUGGGUGAAACAAAACUGAAUCCCCAGUCUUUCACGCUUGAGGAUGAUGACCUCCCAACUGUCCACUUGGAUAAUGUAGUCUUCGUGACAGAGGAUUUAGAGGAGUCACGCAAACCGCUCAGUAAUGACGACCAGGCUGAUAAAUCUGUUGCUGUCGGGUCUUCUGGAGGUAAUGCUGCUGCAAACAAUGAUCUAUGUGAAGAUCUGAAGAAAGAUGUAUCCCCUGGCGCUAGCAAUGACAACUGUAGCCCGGCUGGUGUGAAUAAGGUUCAGCAACCAAAGGAUGCGUCUCCGGAGUCUUGCGAUAGUACAGAUGGCGAGCAAAAUAUAUUGAAAAUGCGAGCGUUGAUGGGAAUAGGCCCUGCAAACAAGAUAACACUAUCACCAAUUGCAAAAUCAAUUGCUAGUGGAAGUCGAGAUGCCAAAAAUGAUGCAUUCAUGGACGACCUGGAUGAUCUUCUCGAUGAGGCAGAGGCAACAUUCGACAACGAUCAACACUCUGCGGAUAGCGACAAAGCAAUUGUUGAGGACAUCAAUGCGUCAGAGAACGAUAUUAUUAAAAAUGCCGAUGAAAAACUGGAGAACAAAGAGAAAUCAGAGAAUGCCCAUUCACUGGACUUUAUAAGCACGUCUAAUGGGAACGUCGAGGAGGAACAAAUUACUGACAAUGACGAUGAAAACAACGAUGUCGACGAGCAAAUAAGCAUACACUCAUCUAUUAGCACAGAUGGACUCUCCCCGGAGCAUACAGAUUCAGAGCAAGCCAAAUCUUCUGUCAAUGGGAAGAGCCUAAGUCUUGAAGACGUUGAAGAACAAGUCAGUGACUCAAGUGAGAUUAUCGGGAACCUGGAAGAUGAAGAACCUGAUGAAAAAGAGUCACUUAAGGCUGAGAGUGUUUCUCUCAUUAACAUACAGUCCAAACUUGAGGAAUUCACGUUUCAAAUUGACGCUCUCGAGGAAAACAGACAGGAGCUUGUCGCUGAGAACUGUCAGUUACGGGAAGAACUGGCUGACUUGGAGAAUGCAAAGCAGUUGGAAGAAAGGCAGCUUCUCGCUCGCAUUGAAACCUUAGAGGAAGAUCUAUCGCGUCUUUCUGUCAAAAACGACGAGUUAGAUAAAGCUAUCAGGAUCUGCUCAAAGGAGAAAGAAGGUAUUGAAGAUUCUCUCAAACAUGCUCGAGACCAAAUUGCCUCACUAGAGUCCUCAAGCACCGACGCUUCAAAGAAACUGCGUGCCGAAAUUAAGAUCUUAGAAGCUCAACUAAAACAAAAGUCUCAAACAGUUGACGAACUUAAGAGUACCAUGGACACGCUCAUGGACUCCGCCUCGAAGCUUGAAGAAGACAAAAGGAAGAUACAACAGCAAGCCGACAAACGAGUGAGUGAGAUGCAAGAUAGCAUUACGGGCAUCCAGAAGACAGCGGCUAAUGCCAUGGACGAUAUAAGGAAUCAGCUGAAGGAGAGGGAGGAGAGAGUCCAGGUCUUGCUGUCACGACUCCAACAGGCAGACGAUGAUAAGAAGAAGCUGGAGGAAACGCUGGCAACUCGGCACUCCACAGCAAAUAAAGUCCACGAGCUUCAAGUCCAGUUAAAGGCAAAAGAUGACAAAGUCAACAACCUUCAGGCUAAGAUAUCCAAACUUGAGGCUGACAUGAACGAACAGCAAGCUUCUAAGGACAUCACAGCGCAAGACAGGGUUUCUGAGCUUAAAGAUCUUUUAAAAGUAUCGCGUGAGUCGGAAAGCAAACUGCAGGAGAGAAUUGAAUCUCUUCGGGAAAAGAUCACUGGCUUAGAAUUGGCUGCGAUAAAUGAUGCGACUGCUAGUAAGGAAGAGCUUGAAAGUGCAGUGGAGGAAAAGGCAAAGGCUGAGACAAAGCUGAAAGUAAAGAUCUCCGCACUAGAGACAAAGUUGAAAAAAGCGGUCAACGAAACAAAGCGGUACGAGUCCUCGUCCAGCCAGCUCAAGCAACAAGUGAAGGAGCUUGAGACGGAUAACUUGCGGCGGAAGCAGAAGCUGUCGCUGACGGAGAAGGAUCGUGAUGAACUUGAAAGGAAGAUCGCCGAGCUCCAGGCAAUCACCAGCGAACUCAGGAAGCGCCAAGCCACACACGAAGCUGCCAACAGCAAGCUGAGUGAGGACAACGAAAGAUUGACGAAUAAUGCUGCAGCUAAGGCGCAAAAUAUAGAAAGAGAUGCCAUCAUCCAGCAACUGAUGGACGAGAAGAGCCAAAUGUCCAAGAAAUUACAGAGCAAGGAAGACGAGCUGGCUACGGAGAAGGCGAAUUCCCAAAAGCAUACUGAGACCCUGAGCUCCCAACGAGCAAAGGAAAAAGAGCUGCAUACUAAUAUAAAGGAGCUUGAAGCAAAGAUUACAACUCUCACAGAAGAAAGCCAAGCCAAGCUCAAGGCUUCAAGCUAUGAGAAGCACCAACUCGUUAAAAACAUCCAGCUUCUCGAGGGAAUUCUUGAGGAGAAUGUGAAGAGAGUUCAAAUUCUGGAAUCAGAAAUAUGUCAGUUGAGGACAAGCUGCAUUGACGAGGUUAAAGGGCGUGAUGAGUUGAAACAGAAAGUUGAUGCAGAUAUUGCAGCAAUUGAGAAAUUGAACAAGGAGCUAAUAGAGGCCUCCAAGAAGGAGAAAACACUCCUUAAGGAGAUUGAGGCUCUGAAGGUUAUUUCGGCUGAGUACCUGCUACAGAAAGAGCUUAUGGAGGAUAGAGCGCAUAAACUGGAGGAGUUUAUACGCUCCAAAAAAGAGGUCAACGAUAACGAUGGAGGAGAAGAGGUCUUCAAGAAACAAAUAGCUCAGCGUGAUGUAGGAAGGUUGAACAAAGCUCUGGAAGUCAAGGAACAACAAUAUAAGGAGAAAUGUCAGGAGGAAAAUAUCCACCUGGAAGAAAUUGCUGCCUUGAAGGCUGCGUCUGCGGAAUCCUUAUCGAAGAAGAAGGAAUUGAAAGCAGAAAUUGAAAGCCUGAGGCAAGAGAUUCAAAGAAAAGACGAACUUUGCGCAGAGGCUGAACAGUUGAGGCUUCAAAAUGAAGCUAUCCAUGCAAAAGAGCUGGUUGCUUUAAAGGCGCAAAUUGAAAUAAUUAAAGCUGAAAAAGAUAAGCUAGGGAAAGAGCUUGAAAAACAGAAAGGUGUGUUGGUUGAGGAGAAUAAGUGUAAGCGACUGCAGGAUGAGAACGCAUCGCUCAAAGUGAAAAUUGGCGAACUGGUUGACGAAAAAGCACAGCUAGAGCAGGAACUGAAAAAUCACGUGGACCAGAUCAGGCAUGAAGCCUCUGAUGCAGCUAUCAAUGGGGUUUCGCUUGAGGGUGAGAACGCUGCCGACUUGCUUUCUCAUGAGUACGAUUCGACAUCGAUCUCUGAUAUCAGUGAGACUGACGUAAUGCAACCCACAACCGGUAGUGAAGAGGAACUAGAUUGGCUUUGUGAGGAAAACAUUGGAAACAUAGAAGAUCCCGACAACUUUGCUCAGGGCAUUUACGAGACGCGACUGCAGUUGGAAAGAUCAAUUAAAAUAUUGCAGUCCAGACAUACCAGACUAAUUUCAAAGUAUACCAGACUGAAACUGGAUUACAAAUCGAGUAAGGGGGUGGCUAAGAGAAACGCCGAGAAACUACGGACUGCCUUGAACGAACGUAAAGACAGAGAGAAGGCCUUUCAGGAGAAGGUUAAGGCCCUUAAGCAAGAAUGCCUGCACUUGAAGGGAAUAAAUGAUAGAAUCGCCGUUACAAAGAGCGGAAGACGUGAGACGGUGGAAAUACAUUUAAAAGGGAAUAACGAGGUGGAGUCAAAGGAUCGACCAACAUUAAAGGAGUCACUGGUCGAGGAUGUCAGCAUGCUUGAGCAUAAAGUCUCUUCCCUCGAGAAAGAAAAUCUCAAAUUUAGGCGCGUCUUGGAGGAAUAUGCGAAUGAGGUGAAGCAGCUUCACAGCGAAAAAGAAGAUCUUGAGAAAAAGACCAAAUUACUAUCUGACGAGAUGUGCCGUCUUGCCAACAAGGAAGGGCAUCAGACUACCCUUCUCGAAGGAUACCGCACGGAAACGGAGGAGCUGAGGAAGACAUUAGAGUUAGUCAAGUCAAGUAAAGAAACGCUCGCUGCACAUUCGCAAUCUCUACAGCAGGCAGAGGCCAGGGCAGUCAGUGCGUACAACCGCUGUUAUAAUGACCUCUCCGACAUGAUGAACGCAAAUCUUAAAUUCAAAGAUCGAGUCGAUGCUCUCAGUGGCAACGAGAGAUUACUUCUAAAACAGGUUGACGACUUUAAAAGCUCCCUGGAAGAAAUGGAGGUCGCGCUGAGUCAGAAAGAUGCGGAUCUUACAAAGUCCUCGCAAGACUUGCAAAUGAUGAAGAAGAAGGAGGAUUCUCUUCACGAACGCAUACAGACCCUCCAGGACGACGUCGAGAAGCUGAAAGCCGUCAACAGGGACAGAGAACAAACUCUAAAACAAGAGUUAAACAAGCAAAUGUCUGAAAGCCAGAGGAAGGAUGCAGAACGCAUAGAGCAAAUCAUUCAUAAUAAAUCUGAGUUCGACAGAAAACUCCAUCAGCUGCAGUGUCAGCACAUGGAACAGGUGGAAGGGCACGAGGGAAGAAUACGUGACCUCAAGACAAAGCUGGCUACACUUGAAAACAAGGAGGCGGUAUUGACGAGGGAAGCGGGAAAAUAUCAUCGAGAGAAUGUGGAAUUAGAGAGAAACCUCGACGCUGCAAACUCUAGGAUAAAGGUGCUCGAAAAGCAGCUUGCUCGAGUAGAGAAUAGGUUGAGCACCGAGAAAGCUUCUAAAGACGAUGCUAAGGAGCAGAAUGAGGAGAAUAGGGAGAGAACAAGAAAGACCAUUGGAGAACUUCAGGCAAAAGUCAAAAAGCUAUCCGAUGAAUUAGUCAAACAGAAGAGUCGCGAAGAGCGUCUUAAGGUUAACUUGCGAAAAGCAAAGGCCUUGUUAUCAAGUGCCAAAGAAGCGAGAGAUGAAACAGUGCAAAAGUGCAAUUCAUAUUCAUCGAAGCUUUCACAUGUAAGUAAAAAGUACAAUGACAAGAUUCAGCAGGUGGAGAGGCUCGCUGGACGCCGAGAAGCCCUUACAGCUAGGUUACGAGAACUACAGGCCACUUACGGGCAACAGCGUGACGACUUGACGAAAAGGGACAUUGCCAUCAACGAGCUGACUGCAAAGUUGAAUUCCCUGGAAGGCUGGAAUAGCGAUAGGAUGGAGUCAUUGAACCGGCGACUUGAUACGGAGAAGGAGGAAGGGCGAAGGCUUAGAGAGGAGCUACAACGAGUACGCACCAGCCUUAGGGAACAGACCCAGAAGGUGAACACGCUUGAGAGUGAGCUUCGCUGCGCUCGAUGCCAAGUCGGAGAAUUCAGCAGCAGACCGGUUCAGACUGAAAGUGAUCAGACGCACCGUCUGGAGCAAGUGCUGAGGCAGUCACAAGAAGCCCUUCGCCGGGACAUGGAACGCCUCCGAAUGGUUGAGAUUAUGAACGUUGACCAGCGCCCCACCCGCGACUCACCUUCUGAUAGGCGAAUCGGCGAUGCUACGAUGCGGCGAGUAAUGUUCCAUCUAGGCGACUCACCGCCUGUCAUUCGUAAGGACAUCCCAUCGUGUUACGUUUCGUACAGCCGAAACUCAUCAUAAAUGAUCAACAUUGUUUAUACGAUGUUGUUGCAAAUAGAUUCUUAACAUGUACAUUUAAAACUAUUUGUCUAUACACUAUUAUUGAUUUUUACAAUAUUAAGUAUAAUCUAUAGAAGCUUUUUGUUGUUUUUCGACUAUAUUUCCUUGGCAAAAUAACGCUUAUUUCAUUUGAUAUUUGUGCUUUAACUGGAUUUUUUUUUUUUUUUUGGGGGGGGGGGGGUCCAAGUAAUUACUUGGAUAUGGACUUGGUAAAGCCUUAAAUUUUCAUAUGAUGUUUAUUAUUCUUAACUUGACAAAGAGACAUGUAUUUAUACUAUGCUUACAAAUAUAAAUGUAAAUAACCUUUAAAACACUACAAGAUUGUUCUUUCGUUUGCAAUUUGGGGGAAUUCCUUAGAAAUGUUCAAUCAAUGUGUCUGGAAUUUAAAAUAAAAAAUAUUUAUUGUUUA